AUGGCAAAAAUUCAUUCUUGGUAUCUUUCUAAUAUUACUAAAGAAUUACAAUAUUAUAAUAAGAAAUUAUCAUUGAAAGAUCUUUUUCAAAGUGCAUUAGAACAAACUGUAUUUUCUACUUUAGAGAAUUCACAAGAUUCAACUGAAGAAGAUAUUAAUUUUGUUUCACAUAAUCUUUCAAUUGUAACAAAUAGUUCUA